CUCUCGUAUUCCGUAACCGGAGUAGCAUGUUCCUGCACAGGCUUCCUAUUCUCGUGGAGAAUACUGUAACUCUAUUUCCUCAUCCUCAUAGUCUUACUUGUCCACGUUAUCAAACACACCGCCGUUUCUCCCCUCCUUCACUCUUUCCCAGUUUUCAGAGUCGCAGGACCGUACUUCAUUCGCGAGAUGUGGCUGUUGUUUCGAGAUCAUUGGCGGAGCCGGAUCCGUUGCCGCCCGAGCUGCGAUCGGAUCUGAUGCCGAAGCAUGUGGCGGUGAGUAUGGACGGAAAUAGGAGAUGGGCUAAGAUGCGGGGGUUGCCGCCGUCGGCGGGUCAUGAGGCCGGCGUUCAAUCGAUGAUGACGAUAAUCGAUCUGUGUUGUAGUUGGGGGAUUCAGGUUCUGACGCUUUUCUGGUUUUCUUGCGAUAAUUGGAAACGCGCGAAGGUGGAGGUUGACUUUUUGAUGCAGCUUUUUGAGAGUACCAUGAACACCUUAAUUGAAACCGGCAACAGGGAAGGCAUAAAAAUAUCGGUGAUUGGAGACACAUCAAAGCUCCCAAUGUAUUUGCAAAGAAUGAUAAGCAACGCAGAGGAGAGGACGAAGCAAAACUGUGGACUGCAACUAAUCAUAGCGAUUAGCUACAGCGGCAAAUAUGGCGUCGUGCAAGCCUGCAAGGCCGUAGCUGGGAAGAUUAAAGAUGGCGUUGUGGAAGUGGAAGACAUUAAUGAAAGCUUGAUUGAGCAGGAACUGGAAACCAAGUGUAGCGAGUUUCCAAAUCCAGACCUAAUGAUUCGAACCAGUGGAGAACUCAGAUUGAGUAACUUCUUGUUGUGGCAACUUGCCUUCACAGAACUUGUGUUUGAUCCUCAUCUCUGGCCUGAUUUUGGCAAGAAGCAAUUCGUUGAAGCCUUGGCUGCGUUUCAGCAAAGACAAAGACGCUUUGGUGGGCAACACUCAUAAAUUAAUUACUCUCUUGGCUCCUUAAU